CUGUUCUCCUUUUGCUGUGUAUAUAAAGUUAGUGCCUUGGCAACACAGACUGAUGUAUCUGAGUGAAACACUUUAAUUGGGAGAAGAUGCCAUUCCACCAUGUAACGGCUGGCUUGUUAUACAAGGGGAACUACCUGAAUCGAUCGCUCUCUGCUGGCAGUGACAGUGAACAGCUAGCCAAUAUCUCUGUGGAGGAAUUGGAUGAAAUCCGUGAAGCCUUUCGGGUGCUGGACAGGGAUGGGAAUGGCUUUAUCUCCAAGCAGGAGCUGGGCAUGGCUAUGCGUUCUUUGGGAUACAUGCCUAGUGAGGUGGAAUUGGCAAUUAUCAUGCAGCGCCUUGAUAUGGAUGGGGAUGGCCAGGUUGAUUUUGAUGAAUUUAUGACCAUCCUUGGACCUAAGCUGGUAUCUUCAGAAGGGAGAGAUGGUUUUCUUGGAAAUACAAUAGACAGCAUAUUCUGGCAGUUUGACAUGCAAAGGAUAACGCUGGAAGAGCUCAAACAUAUUCUGUAUCAUGCCUUCCAGGACCAUUUAACAAUGAAGGACAUUGAAAACAUCAUCAUCAACGAAGAGGAGAGUUUAAAUGAAAACUCUGGCAACUGCCAACCAGAGUUUGAAGGUGUUCACUCCCAGAAACAGAACAGACAGACCUGUGUACGGAAGAGCCUUAUAUGUGCAUUUGCCAUGGCCUUUAUUAUAAGUGUCAUGUUGAUUGCAGCCAACCAGAUCCUCCGGAGCGGCAUGGAAUAGCCUUUCACCAUAACACUGUGAACCAAACUAACCAUGCAUGCGCAUGUCAACGGGUGAACUUUUUCCUCAAUCAACUUUGAAAAGGGAAAUAAAGAAAAGGCGGGCAGAUAAAGAACCAGUCGACAAGGAACCCGAGACCAGCAGUGUAAUAUGGCUUGUGAAUCAACUACAUCCUCUUGGC